GUUAAUGCCAUUGCUUAUGGUUUGAAAGAUGAGUGAGUCCUUCAUUAGUACUAUAUAACCACUCCAAGUGCACAAUUGUAACAAACUCUUACAUGAGGACCCCCGAAGGAAUCAGCUCCCAAUGCCGGCAUCUCACGCCGAGCAUUCGAGUUGGGAUCAAAAUUACCAAAAGGACCCACGAGAGUUUGCGGAGGGUGUACUGAAUUGAAUUUUUCGUUCCGUGCAAGUCGCCGUUCACGUGCACGUGCUGAGGGCGGUUGCAAAAUAGGAUCUCUGCUCUGCUUUUCUUUUUUUGGCACUGGUGAACAGGUUCAAACCAUAUAUUUAUGCGCAUGCAUUGCCCAUGACGGGUUCCCGAACAGCCCUUACACUUUUUCGUCGACUUUACUACUUUUGCUGGCUUAAAUGUCUGGAAAAGCAGAACUGACCAUAAAAUUUAUUGUCGUUGGUGGUGGAAUUGCAGGUCUUGCAUUUGUUCUCGAACAAUACUCCGAUGCAGACGUUUCGAAGAUGUCGCAUGGAGGCAUUCGGUUGCCUCCAAAUGUCUCGAAAGUUCUCUUUCAUUGGGGCCUCGAGCGUGCUCUUCGACAAGUAUCCGUAACAUCAAGUGCUAUGGAAGUUGAGAUUUAUGAAACUGGCGAGUAUAUUGGUACCCAUUUGUGGGAAGCAGAGGUUCUGCGAGAAACUGGAGGAGACUUCCUCUUCCUACAUCAUGAAGGACUCCGGAAAGUCCUGUACGAUGCUGCUAUAGCAGCGGGCGCUGAGGUACGGGCAGGCACAAAGGUUGCCUCUGUAAGUGGUGAUGGCCCCCACGUGACAUUGACCUCGGGGGAAACACUGCUAGCCGACGUGAUUGUUGGCGCCGAUGGCCGCUCGAGUGUAGUGCAACAAGCAAUCGUCGGUAAGGAUGUCUUCGACGGAGCGCCAUAUCAAUCUUUAUUCUACAAUACUACUGUCCCGGGAGAACUUAUGAGAGCCGAUCCUCAAUUGGCACCCUUCUUCAAAAAACCUGUCGAGACCAUGUUUGUUUGGCUGGGCAAUAAUCGCUCGGCUGUGGCGUUCCGUAUAGGCGGUAAAGACGAGUUUGCGCUACAUCUAUGGGUGCCUCCCAGGCAAAAGGGGCUGUCCGAUGAUGAUUGCUGGGGAGGAGGCCUCGAUUUAAAGGAGAUGCGGCGGCAGCUUGGAGAAUGCGAACCGAGACUCCUAAAGAUGACCAAAUUGGCUGCCACACCCUCCCGUGUACAGGUUAAGAUGGUUCCACCAAUAGAAGAUUGGGUUGAUAAACACGGUCGUAUGGCAAUUAUGGGCGAGGCUGCACAUCCACUUCCAGCAGGAUCCUUGCAGGGCGGCGCAAUGGCUGUAGAAGACGCCGCUGUAUUUGCAAAGCUUUUCUCCCAUCUGCGAGAUAAGGACCAAAUAUCGACAUUUUUACAUGCUUUUCAAGAUCUUCGGGAAGAUCGCUGUGCCAGUGUUGUGCAUACUGAACAAUGCAAUCUGUAUUUCCAAAUGCUGCCGGCUGGUCCUCAGCAGGAACAACGCGAUCAGGACAUGCGUGCCAAGACUGCUCAAGGGGAAAGCGUUUUCGGUGGUGGCGAAGCUUCUGAACAAUGGGAGCAGCUCAAAGAACUUUGGGGAUACGAUGCUGAAGAUGAAGCCGACGACUGGUGGGUCAAGUGGGGCCUUCUCCGCGAGCGAGCCAAGCAGCGAUCAUUAGACAUGGAAGCAGAAAUGCACGCUGCACGGCUGAGCAGUCUCCGUAUGCGAGCAUAGCGAGUACUCCCCCUCUCUUUAUUAUGUUAUGUUUAGUGUAUUCACAUAUAUUGGUCAUUCCUUUUGUUUAAUUGUCGUCGCUCUCUUGACAAGACACUCAUUUGAUCAUCAUUUCUUUCUAUAAGUUACAUUGUUACUCUCAGGGCAUCUAGAUAUCAUCACAGUUAUCAUUAACACUACUAUUGUUACAAGCGUCAAUGUGCUCUACGUUAUUCAAAGAAUCAUUCAAAUUA